AUGUACACACACUUCCUGAUCCUUCAGACCAACAUCAAGCAAGAAAAGGACUAUGAGAAUACAGUCAAAGAUGAAGAUAUGAUCCUCAAACUGGGGAAACUGGCUUUUCAGCAGCUUGUGAAAGGCAACCUGAUUUUCUAUGAGGAAGACCUGAGAGAGUGUGGCAUUGAAGAGACAGAAGCAGCAGUCAGCUCUAUAUGCACAUCUGUCCCUUAUGAAAAAAACAGAAAUGUGUUUAUUACUCUUUCUUCUAGUCCUUUGAAGCAUUUGAAGAAGGCUUUAAAUGUUUCACCAUCUGAGCUGCAUAAGAGAGCUGUGGAAAAGGCCUUGAAGAGUAAAAAUGGACAUCUGGACCUUUUUUUGCGUUUUCUUCUGGGUCUCUCAUUGGAGUCCAAUCAGACUCUCUUACGAGAACUACUGACACAGACAGGAAGCUGCUCUUACAACAAUGAGGAAACGGUUAAGUACAUCAAGCAGAAGAUCAAGAGGAAUCGCUCUCCAGAGAGAUCCAUCAAUCUGUUCCACUGUCUGAAUGAACUGGGUGAUGAUUCACUGAUUCAGGAGAUUCAAGAUUAUCUGAAAUCUGGAAAAAUAAAAGAAACCAAACUCUCAUCUUCACAGUGGUCAGCUCUGGUUUAUGUGUUGCUGACAUCAGAGCAGAAGAUGGAUGUUUUCAAACUAAAACUGUUCAUUGGAUCCCAAAAUACAGCAGAUGAAGUUCUUCAGAAGCUGCUGCCUGUGGUCAAAGAAUCCAAAUUAGUUCAGUUGAUGGAUUGUGGUGUUACAUAUGAAGGUGUGCUGCUCUGGCUUCAGCUCUAA